GGGCGAGUCAACUACCUUCCCCUCGAGGUAUCUGGGCUAUCUGGUUCCCGAACUAGUCCCCCAAGAACCGUGGCGCUGGCUCCGCAGCUGUUGCAGCUGGACCAGGCCUCCAGCCGUGCCUCCGGGGCCUGAGAAACGGUCCUCCCCCUGCCAGCCCCCGCCCUCUCCACUUGGGCGCACACCUCCCUCCCUGACGCAUUUUGCCGCACAAGCUGUAAUAUGGCGGCAGCAACGGCGGCCUGAACUCUAGGGAGCGAGGGUGAUUUUUGAUGCUUCAAAAUCGCUGUUGUCAGGGUUGCCUCCCCCUGCUGUCAGGAGUGUACAAGUAUGCAAGCUUCCUAGAUUGAAGUAUUGGAGCCAUGGGAAUAAAGGUUCAGCGUCCUCGAUGUUUUUUUGACAUUGCCAUUAAUAAUCAACCUGCUGGAAGAGUUGUCUUUGAAUUAUUUUCUGAUGUGUGCCCCAAAACAUGCGAGAACUUUCGUUGUCUUUGUACAGGUGAAAAGGGGACAGGGAAAUCAACUCAGAAACCAUUACAUUAUAAGAGUUGUCUCUUUCACAGAGUUGUCAAGGAUUUUAUGGUUCAAGGUGGUGACUUCAGUGAAGGGAAUGGACGAGGAGGGGAAUCUAUUUAUGGAGGAUUUUUUGAAGAUGAGAGUUUUGCUGUUAAACACAACAAAGAAUUUCUCUUGUCUAUGGCCAACAGAGGGAAGGACACAAAUGGUUCACAGUUCUUCAUAACAACGAAGCCAACUCCUCAUUUAGAUGGGCAUCAUGUUGUUUUUGGGCAAGUGAUAUCUGGCCAAGAAGUUGUAAGAGAGAUAGAAAAUCAGAAAACAGAUGCAGCUAGCAAACCAUUUGCUGAGGUGCGGAUACUCAGUUGUGGAGAGCUAAUUCCCAAAUCUAAAGCUAAGAAAGAAGAAAAGAAAAGACAUAAGUCAUCAUCAUCAUCAUCCUCCUCAUCUAGUGACUCAGAUAGCUCAAGUGAUUCUCAGUCCUCUUCCGAUUCUUCUGAUUCAGAAAGUGCUUCUGAAGAGAAAUCAAAAAAAAGAAAAAAGAAACAUAGGAAAAAUUCCCGAAAACACAAGAAAGAAAAGAAGAAGCGAAAGAAAAGCAAGAAAAGCGCAUCUAGCGAAAGUGAGACUGAAAAUCUUGAAGCACAACCGCAGUCUACUGUCCGUCCAGAAGAGAUCCCUCCUAUACCUGAAAAUCGAUUCCUAAUGAGAAAAAGUCCCCCUAAAGCGGAUGAAAAAGAAAGGAAAAACAGAGAAAGGGAGAGAGAGAGAGAGUGUAAUCCACCUAACUCCCAGCCUGCUUCAUACCAGAGGCGACUUUUAGUUACUAGGUCUGGCAGGAAAAUUAAAGGAAGAGGACCAAGGCGUUACCGAACUCCUUCUAGAUCCAGAUCAAGGGAUCGUUUCAGACGUAGUGAGACUCCUCCACAUUGGAGGCAAGAGAUGCAGAGAGCACAAAGGAUGAGGGUAUCAAGUGGUGAAAGAUGGAUCAAAGGGGAUAAGAGUGAAUUAAAUGAACUAAAAGAAAAUCAAAGAAGCCCAGUUAGAGUAAAAGAGAAAAAAAUAACUGAUCACAGGCAUGUGUCUGAGAGUCCAAACAGAAAAAAUGAAAAGGAAAAGAAAGUUAAAGACCAUAAAUCUAACAGUAAGGAGAGAGACAUCAGAAGAAAUUCAGAAAAAGAUGAUAAAUAUAAUAAAAACAAAGUGAAGAAACGGGCCAAAUCUAAAAGUAGGAGUAAGAGCAAAGAGAAAUCAAAGAGUAAAGAAAGAGACACAAAGCAUAAUAGACAUGAAGAAAAGAGGAUGAGGUCAAGGAGUAAAGAAAGGGAUCAUGAGAUUGUUAAAGAAAAAGAAAAGUGUGAUUCUAAAGGAAAAGAUCAGGAAAGAAGUAGAAGUAAAGAGAAAUCUAAACAGUUAGAAUCAAAAAGUAAUGAGCAUGAUCAUAAUAAAAGUAAGGAAAAAGAUAGACGUGCACAGUCUAGGAGUAGAGAACGUGAUGUCACUAAAGGCAAACACAGUUACAAUAGUAGAACAAGAGACCGAAGCAGAAGUAGGGACAGGAGCAGAAGAGUGCGAUCUAGAAGCCAUGACCGAGAUCGCAGCAGGAGCAAGGAGUACCAUAGAUACAGGGAGCAAGAGUACAGGAGAAGAGGAAGGUCCCGAAGCCGAGAGAGAAGAGCAACACCAGGAAGAUCGAGAAGUAAAGAGAGGAGGAGGAGGAGGAGAGAUUCACGGAGUUCAGAGAGAGAAGAAAGUCAAAGCAGAAACAAAGAAAAAUAUAGAAACCAAGAAAGUAAAAGUUCACACAGAAAAGAAAAUUCUGAGGGUGAGAAGAGAAUGUACUCUAAAAAUCGUGAUCAUAAUAGCUCAAAUAAUAAUAGGGAAAAAAAGGCUGAUAGAGAUCAAAGUCCAUUCUCAAAAAUAAAACACAGUAGUCAGGACAAUGAAUUAAAGUUCUCCACAUUGAAAAAUAAGGAGGAUGAGAAGACCAGGUCCUCAGUGGAAAAAGAAAACCAAAAAUCAAAGAGUCAAGAAAAUGACCACAUACAUGAUAAAAAUAAAAAAUUUGAUCAUGAAUCAAGCCCUGGAACAGAUGAAGAUAAAAGUGGAUGAGUGAGUUGUGUAAACUUAUUUCCAUUCUGUCUCAAAUUUUAAGUUUUAAAGACUUGCUGAUGAAUCUCCUUUAUGUUGUUUCCCUCUUUUCAUUGUUUUUGGGUUUUAUGUUUGUCUUUUUUUUUUUUUUUUUUUUAAUGUGGACUUUAUUGAGUUGAUCUUUUGAUAAUCUGCAACCUGGAUAAUUUGUACCGCUAAAGUUUUAAUAAACUUGAAAUGAGAAAAACAUUUUGGUGUAAUACUGUGUGCUGUGUUUAACUAUUUCAUGUAUGCAUUUUUGUGUUGCAACAAUCAGCCAAUAAUAGCAAAUACGCUUUUCUACAUCCCAGUUUGUGUGAUCAGCCAGUUCAAAACAAGGGUAACUGAUUGUUGGAAUACAUUGUUACAUAAGCUUGUGUUUCUCAUGUUUAAAGUAACUUUAGAAGCCACUAGAUAGAAGAAAUCUUGUGUAGAUUUUCUGACUGCAUUUGUAAUAGAGGCUUGCAGCAGCACAACAGCUUUUAAUUACACAGAAAAGCAGGAUCCUAAUAACUUGAGAUCUUAAGUCAUCACUUUGGAUUUUUUAGUGAUUUGUGCUUUAAAAUAUUUAUAUUGCACUUCCUAUGUUCUUUUUAAUUUCAUUCAUAGCUUGAUUCAUACUAAUAUUUUUCCUACCAAGUUUUGUUUUACUGAACUGUCUACAAAAAUGGUUGAGUACUUUUUUUCAGUUGAUGUACUGAUUGAGUUUGACUUGCUGUUAUACAGCAUUUGACAAGAACUUACCUUAGAAGAUGAGAUUGUAAUUCUCAAUUGUAUGUUGCUUUUGAUCUGAAGAGAUGAAACUUUUGCUUUGGGGAACGUUGUUUUAUUUUUAUUAUCAUUACCCUUCUCUAAAAUGAAGAUACUUUACUCACUAAAAUAUACCACUUGUGCAGGUCUUUAAGUUAGACAGAUUCUAAAAAUUGUUAGUAUUGACAUAUUAACUUCCAAGAUUUCUCUUUUGGCCACUGAUCUAUAUAGAGUUGAGUGAUAGCUCUGCAUGGUUGUUGUUUUGGUUUUGUUUUUUUAACUUGAGCUGGCUUCUCUAAAUCUCAUAGCUGUGAGUUUCAAAUGGCAAGAAAAUGCAUCUUUUCUAUAUAUGUAUCACAAUAGGGUAUAGCAUGUUUAUGACUCUGGUUUCUUUCUAUUCAGAUGGCUUUAUACCAUUAUUGUUAACAUUAUUUUAGCUUGGCAUGUGUAACAUUGCCACAUAGAGUAGAGUAGAAAGUUGCAAAAUUUGAUAGCUUACAGAGUUAAACAAUAAAGAUACCCAAAGUCCAUUUAGAAUUUUGUGUGUUGUAUAUUGCUAUUUUUGUGAUGUGUGGCCUUUUUUCUUGUAUUUUCUCUUCUAAAUAAAAUAUUGAACAUCCAGCAAACACAAAACCUGCCUCAUUUGAGAAGAAAUUUCAGAAUUCCAAUUAAUAGUAGCCUUUAGAGUGUUUUGUACUUUAAUAUUUGUCAAUGUAGUGUCACCUCUUAACCAAGGUAGCUUCUUGGAAAACCCAGUAACUAACUCAGUGCUGUUUGUACUGAGCAAAACAGUGCUUAACAUAAUACUUUCCAUAUUGAUUAAUACAGCAAUGACACAUUUGGCAUUGUGGUAGCUGUUUGUAUAAAGAAUAGUAGGUAAUGAUUAUAAAAUUGUUCGGACUAUCUUGAAGCAAAUUUCUACAGUGGAGUCCUUUUAAAUUUAUUUUCCUGAUGAUAAUGGUAAUAGAUAUUUAUGAUAAUCUGGGGUGAUUGAUUCCUUAGAGACUUAGACUACAAACCCUACCUUAGUUAGGGAUGAUUCAAUCUUGAGUUCCAAGCUAUAUAAUCUGUUACAUAUUUUAAACUAGUUAUCUUAAAAUUCAGUAAGUUGCAUUUUUAAAAUUUGUUAUAAACUAUUUGAGCUUCAAGAAAGGUGGUGCUAUUUAAGAAAGGAUUUCUAAUAACAACAAACCCAUGCUAAGUAAAAAUACUUAAUGUUAUCUGAUUCCAGAGCUUUAUCUACUAAAAAUUACAGACCAGUAACCAUAAGGGGAAAAAUUCAAAUUUCUGAAAGUAAUAUUCUCCUGUUCUGAUUAUCAAAAGAGCAACUCUGUGCUAAGAUCGAUAGACAUUUAAAAACUCUUUUUACAGUAGAAUAGAUACGGUAAAGAAAUUGGGAUGAAAGAUGACAAUCAGAUUUUAUUUUCCGAAUAUAAAAAAUAUUUAGAAAAUAAUUAAACAGCAUUAACUGUACCUCAAGUCUGCCUUUGCAUCUGAAUAGCACAUAGCUCAAACAGUCCUUUUAUUACAUUUUUAAUAGUUGUGGCACCUUUAGCUUUUACUUUGAAUAUACUCCUUCUUGAAAGCCGGCUCUUUCUUUCCUGUCAGAUUGAUUUUAUAGUUAUGUCUGAGCUUAUGGUUUACCUCCAACUAUCUUUAACUUCAUAUUCACUAAAGAUAUUUAAUUGGUUUAUUUUAUUGUUUGGCGAUAUCUGAGAAUUGUUUUUAUGAUUAUAUCAUUCUAUUUUGGGUUAACCAUCUGCCACAGAAAUUGACACUACAGAGAGAUUAAUGUUAAUGUAAAGAAUCUACUGGGUUCCAUUAAAAUAUUUUUAAAUUACUCUACAGUUAAUGAGUUCAUAGAGUAUCGUACGUUCUAAUAGAAUUUCUUAAUCAAAGCCUUCACAGAAAUUUCAAAAAAUUUGAUAAAUCUGUCUUUGCACAAGUGUGAUACUGAUUCAUAUUGGCUUUGCUGAAUGGCCUUUGAUUCUUGUACCCAGUGAAAGAUAUUAAACUGAAAAGUAAAUAUUUCUUAAUAUUAUGGACAGGAACACAUUGGGUUUCCAGUAUUUUGAGUAGUGAUAUUAAUGGACAAUUCUGAUUUGUUUUCAAGUUGGUAUAUGGAACAAGUUUUUUUUCUUUUUUUCUUUUUUAAUUUUUUUAGUAGCUCAUUGUGCUUUACUCCAGGUGGCAGGGUUUUUUCAUCACACUUUGAACCUUUUAUAGUAAAUUUCUACAGAAACUUGUUCCCUUUACCUUCACUGGAAGGUACUUUAAAUAUAUACCAUAUACAGUUGGUUGUUAUAAAGAAACAUAAAAUGGGUAUUUUUCUGUCUUCUUUUGGUCAUGUGUACUGUAAUUAUUCAAUUUAGUAUUCAUACAUUUACAGUUGAAUAAACUCUCCAAGGAUUGUAGAUUUAUAACCUUAUUGUGAAAAGAUAUGUUUUGUUACAAAUACUUGUUUUAAAAAGUAAUAAACUCCAGGAAGUACAGCAUUGGCUGACACCUGCCCAUAGUGGGUUUCCCAACUGCCUUGAAAGGAUUCAGACAAAUGCAAAUUCUGGCCUGUGGUGUGACACAAGAUGUAAACAUUGAAAAAUCACAUAAAUUAAAAAUCAGCAGGGUUGGAGAAGGGAGUUGUUGAGGGAUGUUGUUUUUAGGUGUAGGAGGAAGUGGUGGGAUUAAUUUGUGUUUCUGCUUUUUUUUUUUUUUUAAAAGCAAAUUCCUGUGUUACCAAAAGCCUAUGCUGUAUAUUUUGUUUCUCUUUUGUGUGUUUCUAGUACUUUGAAGGAUUGAUAAAUGAAUUGGGUAUUUGUAUGUGGAGAUGUUAAAAGUUGUGGCUGCUCUCUUUGUGGAAGGGAAAAACUUAAAUGAAGUUAAUGCACUUCUUUUCCUAGCUCAGAAGUCACUGUGAUGUAUAUUUUUUUAAUGAAAUUUAGGAAUAAAGCUGUUGUCACAUUGUAUAAUUAGUUUCAAAAUGCUGCUUCUCUUAUCAUUACAUUAGUCUAGUAACUGUUAAAACUGUUUUCUGCAAACUGCAUUUUACAGAAUUUAAACUCUGAAACUAUCAACUUUUAUAGUUAAACAUUGUAUUAAAUAAACUAUAACAGUUUGUUUUGUAUUUUUAAAAUUACUGUUGUAUUAGUUAUUCAACCUUUAUUUUUAUUAAAAGUAAAUAAUGAAGAUAAAUCAACUAAAAAAUACUUUUAUUUUACCCAUGGGGAUAUAGAAUUUGUAUUAGGAAAAACUGAGCAAAGAGUUUAACAAUACUGAACUUCUUUAAGAAUUUAAUCAGCAGUGAUGACUUCCAGAAGGUUUGGAGAUAAAUUCUAGUGUAAAUGUUCAAUCAUAAUGCUUCAGAUUGCAAUGUGUCUUUUGCCUCAGCAAACUUAAGGUUAGAUUUGAAAUUUGUAUUACUGUCUACUGGAAUGCUACCAUUUGCUUUUUAAUUCCUCCAAAUUUCUCAGCAUUGGGAACACUAUUAUAUCCUGUGCCUGCCAGUUUUAAUAUAACACUUAACAUUGUAAAGCCAUAUAGAUGUUAAUUGACUCGUAAAACAAAUUGUCUAGUUUUUGGUUUCUUGUUUAGUUUCAUUUUUAUUUAAAUUAGAUAUAUUUAGGGAAAAUGCACCAACUUGAAAGUCACUGAAAAUAUAUAUGGUUAGAUAAAAAUGUUCUGACCAUUCAGUGGUUUGUAUGUGUUAACAGGUGAUAUUAAAUUCUCAAAUUCUGGAGUGUUUUUAAAUGCUUUAUUUAGCCAGGAGAAUAUGUAAAAAUGUGAGUGCUUCAUAUGGACUGUGUAAAUUAAUUGUGUAUUAAAAUACUUUUAGUAUCAA